AGGGCCGUUGGUAUAUACGGACCGCUCGUGAGCCCCUCCUCUGCGAUUAAGCGUCGGUGACUCGUUAAACUCGUGCGAGUUCAGAGCGAGUCAACAUUUAAAAGAGAGAGAGAGAGAGAGACGGGGGGACAGGGACACAAAGCAACAGAGGGCAUUGCAUAUAAACCACAAUGGAGAUGGAAGCCAAGCCCAUUGCCUCAAAAACCUGAGCGAAAUUUUUGAGAGGGAACAAGAAAAUGGGGGAUUCUAGUGGUGAUUCAGUGUCGGUGGAUAUGGAGGGGGUUUCUCUCUGCGGAAAGGAGCAUCUUGUACAAACUUGUCAUGGUUAUGUGUCCGUUGCCGUGUUGGGAGAUCAGGACAAACCAGCUCUCGUCACUUACCCCGAUUUGGCUUUAAAUCAUAUGUCCUGCUUUCAAGGAUUAUUCUUUUGUCCAGAAGCGUGUUCCUUGCUGCUCCACAACUUUUGCAUAUACCAUAUUAGUCCUCCCGGCCACGAGUUUGGAGCGUCUUCGAUCAGCCUUGAUGAUCCUGUGUAUUCAACUGAUGAUUUAGUAGAUCAGAUUGCUGAGGUUCUCAACUUUUUUGGACUUGGUGCAGUGAUGUGCAUGGGGGUCACAGCUGGAGCUUACAUUCUUACCCAAUUUGCUAUGAAAUAUAGAUCCCGUGUCAUGGGGUUGAUACUUGUUUCUCCGAUAUGCAAAGCACCCUGCUGGACAGAAUGGUUGUAUAAUAAGGUGAUGUCAAAUUUACUUUACUACUAUGGCAUGUGUGGUGUGGUAAAGGAGAUAUUGCUUAAGCGCUACUUCAGCAAGGAAGUUCGUGGUGGUGUUCAAGUACCAGAAUCAGAUAUAGUUCAGGCAUGCAGAAGAUCGCUUGAUGAAAGGCGGAGUUCAAAUGUUUGGCGCUUUCUUGAAGCAAUUAAUGGGAGACCUGACAUUUCUGAUGGAUUGCGUAAGCUACAAUGUCGUUCACUAAUAUUUGUGGGCGAGAGCUCUCCCUUUCACUCAGAAGCUCUCUACAUGACAUCAAAAUUAGAUAGGCGAUAUAGUGCCUUGGUUGAGGUUCAGGCAUGUGGAUCAAUGGUGACAGAGGAGCAGCCUCAUGCAAUGUUGAUACCAUUAGAGUACUUCCUCAUGGGUUAUGGCUUAUACAGGCCUUCUCAGUCAAAUGUCAGCCCAAGAAGCCCCUUGAGUCCGUCCUGCAUUGCACCAGAGCUUCUUUCACCAGAAAGCAUGGGAUUGAAGUUGAAACCGAUAAAGACUCGGAUUCCUCAUGAUAGAAGUAGUUGACAAAAGCGUUUGAAAUUGCCUCUUGUAAUCUACUUCAUGAGCUUGAAAUUUUCUCUAGAUUGGUUGGGGGAUGAAAAAAAGAAGAGAGCAUUGUUAGCGGUUCUGUAGAUAUAGAAAGAGAGAGAAAGAUACAAGGGAAAAGUUCAUAAGGAAAGCAGCAGAUAUCAUUCUUUCAAUUGUAUUCUGUAAUGUUAGUUGAGGGAGGGAGAGGGCCAGUAGUCUGUAUAUCCUCAGAAUUGUUCCAACAACUAUAAACAAAAGAUGAUUAUAAAUAAUGAUAUAAAUUGGAUGA